AGCAUGUGCAAAUAGGUGAAAACAAUCAAAGUCAGUCAGCUAACAUCAUACUGAAUUCAAUUCAUGGAGUGUAUUUGGGGAUAUGUGUUUUGGUCUGUUAUAUCUGUGAUGUUGCCAUUCUUACUCCUCCACUUACGCCGGCGAACAUUAAGGAUCAACGAUCGCCGGCAGCUGCCUCCCGGGCCACGAGGGUGGCCCAUGUUCGGCAGCAUGUUCGAGCUCGGAAACGAGCCACACAAGACAUUAAUGGAUCUAAAACAAAAGCACGGUCCAGUGGUUUGGCUAAAGCUCGGUUCUAUCAACACUAUGGUAAUUCUCUCCGCGAAAGCCGCUGCAGAGUUCUUUAAGAACCACGACGUGGCUUUCGCAGAGAGGUCAGUAACCGAGGUGAUGAAAUCACACGGUUAUAAUAAAGGAUCACUGGCUUUAGCUCCUUAUGGUACUUACUGGCGGAUCAUGAAACGAAUCAUGACCGUUCAAAUGUUAGUAAACAAACGGAUCGUUGAAACAGUGGAAGUUCGUCGGACAUGUAUCGAUGAUUUAAUCGAAUGGAUAGAAAACAGAGAAAUGAACUCAUCUGGCGGAAUUCACGUGGCGAAAUUUGUAUUUCUCGCCUCGUUUAACAUGCUGGGGAAAUUGUUGUUAUCGCGCGAAUUAGUGGACCCAAAAUCAGAGAAGGGGACUGAAUUUUUCGCGGCGAUGGUGGGGUUUAUGGAAUGUUCUGGACACCAGAACAUUGUGGAUGUUUUUCCAUGGUUGAGAUGGAUUGAUCCUCAAGGUUUGAGGAGGAAGAUGGAUCGCGGGCUUGGGAAGACAAUUGAAAUUGUUUCGGGUUUUUUGAAGGAGAGGUUCGAAGAAAGGGAAAGGACCGGAGAGAGGAAGAAGGAUUUCUUGGAGGUUCUACUGGAAUAUGAAGGCAAGGGGAAGGAUGAACCAGAGAAGAUAUCAGAUCAAGAACUCAUCUUGAUUAUUUUGGAAAUAUUCUUAGCUGGUUCGGAGACUACCAGCAGUAGCAUAGAAUGGGCAAUGACCGAGCUGCUAUGCAAUCCAGAAGCAAUGGAGAAGGUUAAAACCGAGCUAUCCAAGGUUCUUGGAGAUACCAAGAAAUUCGAAGAAGAUGACAUCGAUAAUCUCAAGUAUUUGCAAGCUGUUGUAAAAGAAACGUUAAGAUUACACCCUCCAAUUCCAUUUCUAGUCCCAAGAAAGGCAAUUCAAGAAACUGAAUUCAUGGGGUAUCAUAUCCCUAAAGGCACACAAGUUUUCGUGAAUGCUUGGGCAAUUGGAAGAGAUCCUGAAUGUUGGAAAGACCCUCUGGAUUUCAAGCCAGAAAGGUUCUUGGAAUCGAAUAUUGAAUACAGGGGUCAGAAUUUCGAGUUUAUUCCGUUUGGUGCUGGGAGAAGGAUUUGUGCUGGGAUUCCGUUGGCUCAUCGGAUGUUGCAUUUGGUACUCGGAUCGUUGUUACAUGAAUUCGAUUGGGAGAUUGAUAUUUCUGUUCUUGAUGAGGCUUUGGAUACACAAGACAGAAUGGGAGUGACGGUUAGAAAACUAAAGCCAUUGAAAGCAAUUCCAAAGAGAAAAAACAGAACUCUAUGAGUAAUGAAAGACUCGAGCGGGCGUUGUAUCAAAAAGAAAAAGAGAGAAAAUUCUUAGCGUUGUGAUAGGAUCUACUCUUAAACUUUGUACUUAUACCAAAUACUUCAAAAAGGCUAGAAGAUAAUACCCUUGCAAUCCAAGGAGAUUGGAUCCCAACCAGUAUAAAACAUCUUGUGUCAAUUUUAUUAUUCUACACUUUCAAUAUUGUACUUCUAAUUAUGUCAACUACCGUCGACCAACCAGUCCCACUAGUUGACUAAUACUGAAAAAAGGAAGAAAAAGAGCAAUUCAACCCCCCUCUUGCACUUUCAACGCAAAUAGAGAUAAGAUAAUAAAUAUGGAUGUAGAUUUAAAGAUAUUGGGUUUGUAAGUUGAGAUCAAUUAUAUUAAUCAUCACAGUCCAC